UUCAAAAUUUCAAUCAACUGAAAAAAAGCAAGAUGAUGAAUUCUCUUACUUCGGAAUUUUUAUGGCUAGUUUGUAUCGUUAGCCUUGUCGGAUGCUCACAUUUUAGGGGUGGUUCGAUGACUUUUGUUCCUGCGGCCAACGGAACGCAGAUUAUAAUAAAUUUCCGAACUUAUUUGCAAAGACAAGAGAGCAGACAUUAUUGUGAUGAUUCCACGAUUUCAAAUGGUACACUUAUUGAUUCGGAUGCAGAGAUAUUCUGUGAUAGUGGGUGUAUCGGGCUUGUGGGCGUUCCAGAUCUGAUAUGUACGGCUUACAGUGAGGAAGAUAAUUGUAUGUCUGGACGAAACAGUACUGUUUAUACUCCAUCUGUCGAUCGCCUUGUCUUUAGAGCUUCCGGUGGCGAAUGGAUUGACUCAUUGAAUGAAUGAGGGGGAAACUGGAAUCUUUUAAUGACCGUCGACCGCUCAGUGAGACCAGAUACAAGAAAGAUAAACACUUCACCAACUGUGGACGUGCCUCUGAUCCUAAAAUGGAAGUACGGAUGCUCCUACAAGUUCAAGUUAUUAGCGAAUGAUGUUGAUAAAGAUAUCAUAAAAUGUCGAUGGGCUACUGGCAGAGAAUGCCAAGGUGUUUGCAAAACAUUUAAAGGAGCUACAUUGGACGAGUCGGAUUGUUCUAUCACAUACUCGGCUAAUGGUAGCAUCGGCUACUUUGCAGUAGCUUUGCAAAUAGAAGAUUUUCCUAACAAAACAGCCACAAAACCUUUAAGCAGCAUACCCGUUCAAUUUUUGGUGAAGAUAGAAAAUGACAACGGGUGCUUGGAUGAACCAGAAUAUAUUUCCCCUACCCCUGCUGCAAAUGAAAACUACAGUGUAACGGUCGCUGAAACUUUCAAUAUGACCAUAAAAGCACGAUCAUUAAAUGUACUAAGGUCAAUCGAAAUCAUCCCCGCCGAAAGGAUUAUACGAUCUCUGAAUAUGAAGAAAACUGAUUCGUCAUGGCAUUACACCACAUCGACAUUUACUUGGAAACCGGCUUUUUCGGAUGUUGGAAAGGUCCACACGUUCUGUUUUAUUGCAUCAGACACAAACGGAGUUAUAAGUACCACACGGUGUAUACAUGUUCAAGUUGCAGAUAUCGAUGAGUGUAGUUCUAAUCCAUGCCUAAAUGGAGGUACGUGUAACGAUGGUAUUAACGCUUAUACGUGUACAUGUGCACCUGGCUUCACCGGAGACAACUGUACAACAAAUAUCGAUGACUGUAGCCCUAAUCCAUGUUUGAAUGGGGGUGCAUGUACAGAUGGUAUUAACGCUUAUACGUGUACAUGUGCACCUGGCUUCACCGGAGACAACUGUACAACAAAUAUCGAUGACUGUAGCCAUAAUCCAUGUUUGAAUAGGGGUGCAUGUACAGAUGGGAUUAACGAUUAUAUAUGCACAUGUGCUGCUGGCUUCACUGGAGAAAAUUGUACAACGAAUAUCAAUGAAUGUAGCCUUCAUCCAUGUUUGAAUGGGGGUAUAUGUACGGACAGGAUUAAUGCUUAUACGUGUACAUGUACAGCUGGCUUCACUGGAGACAACUGUGAAAUGAAUAUCGAUGAGUGUAGUAUUAAUCCAUGCCUAAAUGGAGGUACAUGUAACGAUGGUAUCAACGCUUAUACGUGUACAUGUGCACCUGACUUCACUGGAGACAACUGUACAACAAAUAUCGAUGACUGUAGCCCUAGUCCAUGUUUGAAUGGGGGUGCAUGUACAGAUGGGACUAACGCUUAUACGUGUACAUGUGCACCUGGCUUCACCGGAGACAACUGUACAACAAAUAUCGAUGACUGUAGCCCUAAUCCAUGUUUGAAUGGGGGUGCAUGUACAGAUGGGACUAACGCUUAUACAUGUACAUGUGCACCUGGCUUCACCGGAGACAGCUGUACAACAAAUAUCGAUGACUGUAGCCCUAAUCCAUGUUUGAAUGGGGGUGCAUGUACAGAUGGGAUUAACGAUUAUAUAUGCACAUGUGCUGCUGGCUUCACUGGAGAAAAUUGUACAACGAAUAUCAAUGAAUGUAGCCUUCAUCCAUGUUUGAAUGGGGGUAUAUGUACGGACAGGAUUAAUGCUUAUACGUGUACAUGUCCAGCUGGCUUCACUGGAGACAACUGUGAAAUGAAUAUCGAUGAGUGUAGUACUAAUCCAUGCCUAAAUGGAGGUACAUGUAACGAUGGUAUCAACGCUUAUACGUGUACAUGUGCACCUGACUUCGCUGGAGACAACUGUACAAUAAAUAUCGAUGACUGUAGCCAUAAUCCAUGUUUGAAUGGGGGUGCAUGUACAGAUGGGAUUAACGAUUAUAUAUGCACAUGUGCUGCUGGCUUCACUGGAGAAAAUUGUACAACGAAUAUCAAUGAAUGUAGCCUUCAUCCAUGUUUGAAUGGGGGUAUAUGUUCGGACAGGAUUAAUGCUUAUACGUGUACAUGUCCAGCUGGCUUCACUGGAGACAACUGUGAAAUGAAUAUCAAUGAGUGUAGUACUAAUCCAUGCUUAAACGGAGGUACAUGUAACGAUGGGAUUAACGCUUAUACAUGUACGUGUGUAAUUGGCUUCACUGGAGACAACUGUACAACAAAUAUCGAUGACUGUAGCCAUAAUCCAUGUUUGAAUGGGGGUGAAUGUACAGAUGGGAUUAACGAUUAUUUAUGCACAUGUGCUGCUGGCUUCACUGGAGAAAGUUGUACAACGAAUAUCGAUGAAUGUGGCCUUAAUCCAUGUUUGAAUGGGGGUACAUGUACGGACAGGAUUAAUGCUUAUACAUGUACAUGUGCAGCUGGCUUCACUGGAGACAACUGUGAAAUGAAUAUCGAUGACUGUAGUACUAAUUCAUGCUUGAAUGGAGGUACAUGUAACGAUGGGAUUAACACUUACACAUGUACAUGUGCACCUGGCUUCACUGGAGACAACUGUACAACAAAUAUCGAUGACUGUAGUCCUAAUCCAUGUUUGAAUGGGGGUGCAUGUACAGAUGGGAUUAACGGUUAUAUAUGUGCAUGUGCUGCUGGCUUCACUGGAGAAAAUUGUACAACGAAUAUCGAUGAAUGUAGCCUUAAUCCAUGUUUGAAUGGGGGUACAUGUACGGACAGGAUUAAUGCUUAUACAUGUACAUGUGCAGCUGCCUUCACUGGAGACAACUGUGAAAUGAAUAUCGAUGAAUGUAGCCUUCAUCCAUGCUUGAAUGGGGGUACAUGUACGGACAGGAUUAAUGCUAAUACGUGUACAUGUGCAGCUGGUUUCACUGGAGACAACUGUGAAAUUAAUAUUGAUGAUUGUAGUCCUAAUCCAUGUUUGAACGGAGGUACAUGUGACAAUGGGAUUAACGCUUAUACAUGUACAUGUACACCUGGCUACACUGGAGACAAUUGUGAAAUGAAUAUCGAUUAUUGUAACCCUAAUCCAUGCUUGAACGGAGGUACAUGUGACGAUGCGAUUAACGCUUACACGUGUACAUGUGCACCUGGUUCCACUGGUGACAAUUGUGCAAUAGAUAUCGAUGACUGUAGCCCUAAUCCGUGUUUGAAUGGGGGUACAUGUACAGACGCAGUAAACACUUAUACAUGCGCAUGUGCAGCUGGCUUCACUGGAAACAAUUGUGAAACAAAUAUGCAUAGCGAUGAUUGUAGAGGUAACCGAUGUCUGAAUGGGGGAACUUGCAUAGACAUGAUUAACGCUUAUGCAUGUACAUGUGCAGCUGGCUUCACUGGUGAUAAUUGCGAAACGAAUAUAGAUAAUUGUAGCCAUAAUCCAUGCUUGAAUGGCGGUAUAUGCACAGACGAGAUUAACGCUUAUACAUGUACAUGUGCAGCUGGAUUCACUGGAAACAAUUGUGAAACAAAUAUAGAUGAUUGUAACCCUAAUCCAUGCUUGAAUGGCGGCACAUGCACAGACGAGAUUACCGCUUAUACGUGUACAUGUUCAGCUGGCUUCUCUGGAAACAAUUGUGGAAAGAAUAUAGACGAUUGUAGCCCAAAUCCCUGCUUGAAUGGGGGUACAUGUACAGACGGGAAUAACGCCUAUACCUGUAGAUGUGCAUCUGGCUUUACUGGUGACGAUUGUGAAAAGAAAGACGAAAACACAGUUACUGGAGGGAGCAGUCGUUGCUGGGGCAUAUGGACAUUUUGCUAUUUGCUGUUUGUGUUGCUUAUACCGUUUUUGUAAUGUCAAAAAUUGAAUAGUUUCCUCAGUAACAAAAUGAAUUUGACGUUAUACAUAAGAACAAUCUAGAUAUUAGAUAUGAUACGCUUUGCAUGCAAUGUAACGAAAGGUUAUUCAAGAUUAAAUGGCAAGGCUAACAUUGUUAAAUAAACGUGAGAGUUAUAGAAUAGCAAACAAGCGCAGGCGCGGUUCCAGGGCCGAGCCGAUGGGGUUCGUCCCCCCCCCCCCCCCCCUCCCCCCUCAGAAGUUGACUGAGAAGUGACCUAAACUAAUCAAAGAUGCACCCUACUAUUUUGGCAAAGGAAUAAUAUUUCAUCAAAAUUUAGACCCAGAAACACAACAGAGUCCACCAUUUCAUACCUGUAUUCAAACUUUUCCACGGGGAGAACCCACUGACCACGCCCACACCCUCCCCCCCCCCCCACCCCUCAAAAAAAAAGAAGUAUAGAGGGAAGCAACCCCUCCAUUACCUGAAGCUUUGGACCCCAAAAUGCACCACAGGCCACCAUUUCAUACCUGUAAUUAAAAAAAUUCCAGUGGGAGAGCCCCCUGAUACACUCACCAUAAAAUGAGGGGGAGUACCCCCACGAAUAAAUGCAUCAUUUCCUGCCUGUAGUUCAAAAAUUACUAGAGAGAGAGACCCCCACCAACUCCCCACCCCCAUCCCCGACAUGGGCAGAGACCCCUCCCCCUCACGACCCCCACCAACGUCCAAUAAAUGACAACUUCAUUCUAAACUGGUGCCCCCUUUCAAAUGUUUCUGGAUCCGGGCCUGAAGCGUAUUUGUCACCCAGUGUGUUUGUGCGUGUGUGCGCGUGUGCGUUAAUAGAUAUCCAUUGAUGAUUGACGUAUUUGAAAUUAUUUGCUGAAUAUGCCUCUUUGAUAUAUGAUAUUAGCUUUUACAAUAGCGCUAUUACGUGAUAGUUUUCUUUGGCAGAAAACGAAUUAAAUGCUACAAUAUACUUGUUAAAUCCCUUACUAUAAAUCUUGACGAGCAUGUAAAUUAUAAUCCAUUUAUGUAGAUAACAAUCCACUGCUUGUACAUAUGAAGCAUUUACCAUUGAUUCUGAUAUUGUCGGUUACAAUCGUUUGUCAUAUUUUAUUUGUAAAUAUGUUUCUACUUAUUCAUUUUUAUAUUCAAAGUUUAACAUAUAAAACUGUUUUUACUGAUUCUGUAGCAUUUUUUCCAAUUUCAAUAUUUGUAUUUAAUCAAAGGUGUAUACCUUCGACCAGGUCAAUUCUUGACCUAAUUUCUAGCGAUGCGAUACAGUGAAUACUCGUGAUGUUACUAAGGUACAGCAUCAAAUAUAGCUGAGAUUGGGCAUACAGAAGCGUGAAUGAGACGAAAAAUAAAUUGCAAUCUGUGUUUAUUGACAAAACCAGAAAUUUCCCUAUCCUUCUCAAGAUGAAAUACAUGAACGAAAAUGUUUGCAUGUGAAAUAAUUCAGAAAUUGUCCUAAAAUCAGCUUGAAAUAUUUGGAGGUCUUCUAUCUUAGACAAAUAUCAUUAAAACAAAACACACAUAUCUAUAUAUUUUACUUAAUCAAAUGAAAACAAUACUUAAAUUUACAGCUUUUAGAAGUUUCAUUAAAAUCUACAUUGUAGAAUAUUUUCUGUAUGCAGAAAGUUAACGUAAUCAAAAUGAUGAUUUUCCUAUAGACUCACAUUUUGAUAACUUCACUGUGGUCAUUAUUUCAAAUUAGUUUAAAAAUUAGCAUUUGUCUUUACCUUUUUAUUGGCCGAAUGUUCUAAGUAUAUUUUAGUGUUUUAAAAAAAUUGAAGUUUAAUCAAAUUCUUCAUUUCAGAAGAUAUUUUGAUAUGAACAUACUAACCUCAUUUACAAAUUUAUAAUUUUUAGGACUUUGUAUAUUUUGGUUUCGGUCAAGUUCCUUGAAAGUCAAGGCCACAGGCUUAGAUUUUGAACUAGUAUUGGUAAAGAUUGAAUGGAUUGCUUCUAAAUUUCUCUUAUAUCUAAUGUUGUCUAGUACUAGUAUCACUCAUACCCCAACGUUUAACCCUAAGUCCCAUUUCUAAACCCCACUCACCCCCUUAUCCAUCACACACUCCUUCUCCAGAGACAACCUUUCUUUUACAUUACUCACACUUUUAUCUCAUAUUGUUUCUCAUACCGCUGUUGAUCUUAAUUAUAUGUAUUUGUUUUGUUAUCAUUCCUCAUUCACACAUACCUACCCCUUACUUCCGCCCCACUUCCUAAAAUCUGAUUCUAGUUAUUCUUUUUUAUACAUUUCUCACAUUUAUACUUCAUAUGAAUUUUUAUUAUCCAUCGUAUCACCAACAACCAUCUCCCACCCUACCCCCACCACUACAACACAUAAGAGUGUACCAUCGCCCAUCUAAUAUUUAUUUUAUAUUUCUCAAACUUAUAUCAUGAAAUAAUGAUGUGUUGGUGAUCUUUUUCUAAUAGACAAGCGUGCUAUCUAAAUGAAUUUUAAAGACUUCAUGCAUUUUCACUUUUCCCCUUAAAUUAUUUUUUAUGGAUUUGGUCUAAAUUUGAAAAAGAGAUGUCCCGCAAUAUUUCUCAUAUAUGACACAGGGUCCAUCAAUAUGGCAACAAUAUUUCAUGAGUUUUAGUUCCAUUUUACAUAGAAUUUCAAUCCAAAAUUCCAUUAUAUCUCUGUUGUUACUGAAUGAAUCUGAUUCAAACUUGAAAUAGUUGUUCUAUAUUAUCACUUAAAUCAUGUGACACUUAAGCUGUAAUAUUAACCACCACGCCUUUGUGUCAUGAAUUGUGUCCUAUUUUACAUAGAAUUCAAAAAUAAAGUGCACCUUCAUGUACAUGUAUACUGGACGAAAGCAUAGUUCUUGCAUAAUCAUAAUGGUUACAUGCUACUUAGAAGAGUAAUAUCGUUAAUUUCUUUCAUGAAUUUUUGAUACUCAAGUAUUAAUCCAAGUAAUGCAGUAUUACUAUUAUUACUUUUGUUUGGCUAAUUUUUAUUUUAUGUUACUUAGAGGUCAUAUUGCCAUUGAAAGCUAUUGUUGUACAAUAGUGUUGAGGAACUUAAAAUACUUAAAUUUUCUUCCCGAGUUAAUAUUUUUACAAUAUCAGUAUAACCUCUGUAAACAACUCCAAUGAGCAAACACCUCCCUAUGAAGGCACAUGUUUUCUUUCUACAAGGCAUGUCUAUAGAGCAACAACUUCUGUACAAAAAUAUUUAGAUUUUUUAAUUUCAGUUGUGUCUGCAGUAGAGAGGUUGAGCCUUUCUUCCUAUAGUAAAAUAGCUAUCAACCUUUCAGAUGGCCAAUAUUUCUUCAGAAAAUGACUAUUGGCCCUCAUCAGUAAAUUACUGACAUGGCUUCGUCUCAGUCAAUAGCUUCUUGAUUAGUGUCUUGGCUGAAAUCACUUCAAAUGUAUAUAUUUGUAUAUUUUGUACUUGUAUCUGUGUGUGUCACUCGUGAGUGUGGGGGCGUUUCUUUCCCUUGUUGCAUAUUUAUAUAAAGUUUUAAUUCACAUUUUAUAACAUUUUCUUACUGAAUGUAAUUAUUAUAUGCAUAAACAAAUCGUAUUUGAUUUCUUUGUGAAAAAGCAAAAUAAAGAUCAUCUAUCAACAUUCA